UAUAUAUAUAUAUAUAUAUAUAUAUUUAUAGGGAUUUUAUUUAAUUAUUUUGCCAUGUCUUCAAAGCCAGUUCUAUACUCGUACUUUAGAAGUUCAUGCUCAUGGAGAGUCAGGACAGCACUUGCUCUCAAGGGAAUUGAAUAUGAAUACCAUCCUGUGAACCUUAUCAAAAAUGGAGGAGAACAGCACUCGGACGACUACAAGAAACUAAAUCCUAUUGGAGAAAUACCAACACUAGUCAUUGAUGGACACACCUUAACCCAGUCUCUAGGAAUAAUUGAGUAUUUGGAUGAGACAAGACCAGAACCACCCUUGCUUCCAAAGGGAGACCCUCACAAGCGUGCACUGGUGCGCCAAGUAAGUCUUCAUAUAGCUGCUGGGAUACAACCCAUUCAAAAUUUGAAAGUUCUUCAGUAUGUUGGUGCCGAGAAGAAGAUGGAGUGGGGCCACUACUGGAUUGAUAGAGGCUUCCAAAGUUUGGAAAAGGUGCUACAAGGAACAUCUGGAAAGUACUGCGUUGGAGAUGAGAUCACCAUGGCAGACCUGUGUCUCGUCCCUCAGGUCUAUAAUGCCAACCGUUUUAAAGUAGACAUGGCACAGUUUCCAGUCAUUUCAAGGAUUCAUGAUGCCUUAGCUCAAGUUGAUGCAUUCAAGGAGGCUCAUCCUUCUCGGCAGCCUGAUUGUCCUGAGGAGCUGAGGGAAAAUAAAUAAAUUUGUAUUUUGUGAGAAAUCCCAAAAAAAUUCCUUGCCUCUAUUUUCAUAUUUUCACAAGAUUUUUCUUCUCUUGAAAAGAAAAGACCCCUUGAUGUACUAUUUUUUAUGUUGACUCCAUGUUUGGGAUGUGAGGCAAGAGAUCUAUAGUGUUAGAUAUUUAUUAGCAUACUCAGUAUUAUACAACAUUUAGGGCUCAAAUACUAUGGAUCUCACCGAACUGUGGCGACACACCAAAAAUUUGUCUCGCUACCACACCUUAAUUUAUCUACUGACACACCUACUUUAGUCAAUGUCUUGGAUCUAGCACAUUGCCAGCAAGGUAUUCACUGUAAUACAUGUAACAAAAGUAGGCAUGUCAGUAGACCAAUUAGGGUGUGGUAAGGAGACAAAUGUUUGGCAUGUCGCCACAGUUCGGUGAGAUCCGUAGUAAGCACUAGCAAUAAUUAGAAAAGUGCAAGUACUUUUCUUUGCUUUACGAUUUAAAAAAAUCUGCUACUGAGAAAACGUUUUCAAGUAAUAAUGUUUCCUACAUGAUCUGCUAGUGGACAAGGUUAAGUUUGAGCCCUGAAUAUUAGUUUCAUUAAUAAAAGGUAAAAAGAAUUUUGGUGAUUAAUUUUUUGUGUUAAAUAGACCAUUUAAUAAAAUUCUUUGUGUGAGUUGUAUCCA